UUAAAGUAAAUACGCGUCUCUCGAUCAGGGAACGUUCAACAUAUAUAUUAUUUUCUGACCGUAUGUCAGCGCCGUGACUUUCAGUCGUUUUCUGUCACGAUGUCGAAUAUAAAUCUGGUGAAGGAGAUGAAGCGCUGGGCCACAGAAGAGUUUAAUCUGCCCCUGGACAGUUUACCUAAUGACAACUAUUUAAAAACUCUCUGUGUUGGAACUGGGAAGGCAAUCUGGAAGCACAUUAUUCAACACGUUUUUCAGCAAAGAAACGUGAGGAUCAUGCGUGGCAAUCUUAAGUGGUACAACGUACUACAGGAGAAAGAGUUGGUGCAGGCUAAAGGCCAGACUGAGACUGCAAAGCGUAAAGAGCUCCAUAAGAAAAUAGAGCAGCUGAAAGCUGAGAUCAGCCACCUGGACUCUCAGAUCAGUGGAACAGAAGAACAAAUAGCCACACAAGAGCAAUCAAUUGGUCACAUUUGGGCCCAAAUGGAGGACAGCCAGAGCAGAGAACUGUUUCUGCAAGCUUUCAGGCAGUGCUGCAGCUUGAACCGUAAGGCGCUCUCUGACGAUGUGCAAAAAAUCAGCAGCCACUCCCAAGUGCUAGAGCAGUUAGAGAGGAAAGCAGAAACUGAGGUGCUGUUCAAUGAUGAGCCCCCCAGCAGUAGAGCUGAUGAUGGUUUCAACUCCCAGGCUGCAGCAGUGGCCCAAGUCCUGCGAGAGCUGAGAAAGCUGAGUGAAGACAGAGUCCAUUUCUAUCAGUCUUUACAAGAAAUAGAACUAAAAACACAGAAUUUUACAGCCACAAGUAUAACUCGUGAACAAAGGAUAGCUGCAUUUCAGUACUGGCUGAGUACAGCUGAGAAAGUUUUGAGCAGUUAUCCUCCAAGCCACGUCCUCUCAGCGCUUCAACAUUUAGCUACAAUAGAGCAGAAGGAACUGCAGGACAAAGUAGCUUCUCUGGAUGUGACGCAGGAUGUGGCAGCACUGCGAUUCCGAUAUGAGAGCAAUCACCUUCUGGACGUCUUUGCAGAUGACAAUGAGCUGCCGCCUGUUAAGACCCUCUUAGAGGCUGCUUGGGAAGAGGUGCAGCAGAGUUUGGUGGAGUUGUCUCAGACUCGCUCCAAAGUCCAGCAGCUCAAAAGUCUGUUGCAGGAUCGUAAAAUGGAGGCAGAGCAAGAGAUGUCUGGGACUUCAGAUGAGCUCCAGAAUGAAACCGUGGCACUAUCAGCAUUCGAGGUGGAAUUGCGAUGUGUGAUGCAGGCAGCAGCUCGGGACUAUAUCAGAGACAGAUGUACUCAACUCGACCAACAUGCCAAAAAUUGCCAAGAAGCACUAAGAAAUCUUCACAGCCAGUGGCAGAGCAUUCUGGACUUUAGGGAACUAGUGGCUGUCAGACAAGAGCAGAUUAGAGGUCUGAUUAAAGGAAACUCAACAGCCAAAACACAGCUGAUUUGUCUUCAUAAAGAGUUGCAAGAAAUCACUGAGCUCAAGCUCAUGCCACAGUUUGAAGAUGUGGUCACAGCAGCUAACGGUUUACGAAACUCUAUUUCUAAGGAGGCCAAACAGUUUGGGACAGUUUCACUCCUUUCUCUGGACCGCAGGACUGUGGACGGAAUACAAAGAGUUCCUGCGUCCUUGUUAUCCAUUCAUCGCCUGCAAUCCUCAAGUUUCAGCAACUUUUGUCAGAACCUGGCAUUUCCUCUGUACAAGGCUCCAGAAGAGUUGUGCUCCCAGUUGCGAUCCCAACAGCUCGAGUUGCGUUUUCUCCGCGAGUUAUUGCAGCUUUACUCCGUCACUCUGCAGAAAGUACAGAAGGAAGCAGAACAGCUACCCGCGUCAGAUCAAAAAGCUCUGCUCACCAGAGUCAAAGAGGAGGAUCAGAAGCUUCUGAAGUUUUUGCUACCAAGAGCCAGAAGCCUCACUCACCGCUGUGCACAGGGCCUUUCUUAUGGAGCUCAAGUCAAGACUGCCAUCACUUACUGGUGGGACAAACCAGCACAGCGUGUCCUACCUGAUGUCACUAAAGGAGGGCUGACUUUCCAGCAGUGGCUUCAAAGGUGGAAACUAGCUGCUAAAGCAUCAUAG